AUGAUCUUUGCCAUUGAAGAAAUAAACCAAAAUGAGAAUCUACUUCCGGGGAUCACACUCGGGUAUCAGAUCCAUGAUGACUGCUCGUCCCCCGCGAUCGCUUCGAAAGCAGCGCUCGCUUUGAUCAACGGAGAAGACGAAUCGAUUGAAUACCCUCAAUGUCGAGGUUCCUCCAACGUCGCCUCCAUUAUAGGUUGCGAACUAUCUACAAAUUCCAUCGUAACCGCCAGGACAAUCGGUUCCUUCGGGAUACCGCUGGUUAGUUACUACGCCACCUGCUCCUGCCUCAGUGAUAAAAGUGAAUAUCCCACGUUUUUUCGAACUAUUCCCAGCGAUCAGUACCAGUCCAAAAUCCUCGCUGAGCUUGUGAGAACUUUUGGCUGGACUUGGAUUGGAACAAUUAGGAGUAACACCGAAUACGGUAAUUUUGGAAUGCAAGGAUUUGUGGAACAUGUGGAAAAGUUUGGUGUUUGUAUUGCCUACUCUGAGUCAUUUUACAGGACAGACCCUCCAGAGAAAAUCACAAAAAUUGUCCAGGUGAUUAAGCAGGCGUCCACUAAAGUAGUGGUGGCCUUUGUUCACGUUGGUGAUAUGCGAAUUUUAUUGAAUGAAAUUGUGCGUCAAAAUGUCACCGGUGUACAGUGGAUUGGGAGUGAGGCGUGGGUGACAGCCGAUCUUCUCCUCCCUGAAGAAAGAGUAAUUUAUCUCGGAGGCACAAUCGGUCCAACCACCCGACGGACAGAGAUAGAUGAUCUCAGAGAUUUUCUCCAUAACGUCCAUCCUUCUAAGUUUCCUGGCAAUAAUUUGGUGAGGGAAUUUUGGGAAACUGUGUUUUCCUGCUCUUUUGCCACAGACAACGGGGCAAAACUGGGGAAGUCUCCGGGUCAAACUAGGCAAUGUACAGGGAAGGAACGGAUGGAAGGGAUGGAAAAUGCGUACCUUUCGGCAAUAACGGAUGGGAGUUCAUACCACGUGUAUACAGCUGUCUACUCCAUCGCUCAUGCACUUCACAAUCUGUUAACCUGUGUAGAGGGCGACGGACCUUUUAGGAAUCAUACAUGCGCACAUAUUGCAAAUUUCGAGCCAUGGCAGUUACUGCAUUACCUCCGCAAGGUGACUUUCACAGCAAAGACAGGAGAACCAACAUACUUUGAUGAAAAUGGAGACCCCGUUCCACGAUACGAAUUCGUGAACUUACAAGCGAAUUUCAAGGGGAGCGUUGACAUUGUAUACGUCGGAUAUUAUGACGGCUCGGCACCGUUAGGGCACGAGCUCGUUUUGAAUGUCGAGAAAAUCAGGUGGAACACGAAGCGAAAUAAGAUCCCAAGAGCAAUUUGCUCAGAGACCUGUCUUCCUGGAACAAGAAAAGUAAGCAGGAAAGGGCAGCCAAUAUGUUGUUUUGACUGUGCAGAGUGCGCCGAUGGUGAGUUCAACAACGCCACUGAUUCCUCGGAUUGCAUCAAGUGUCCUUCGGAAUAUUGGUCUAAUGAGGCAAAAACCCAAUGUGUUCUCAAGAAAGUUGAGUUCCUUUCAUUUCGAGAAGUUCUCGGGUUGGUAUCAGUGUUGCUUGCUCUAGUGGGCGUGUGUUUUACAUUGGCCACUGCUGCGAUUUUCUACCGGUAUCGAGAAACACCCAUGGUCAAAGCGAACAACUCAGAGCUCAGCUUCCUGCUCCUCUUCGGCCUCUUGUUUUGUUUUGUUUGCCUGCUCGCCUUCAUUGGCGAACCGUCCGGCUGGUCUUGCAUGUUGCGCCGCACGACUUUCGGGGUUGUGUUCGUAUUCUGCAUUUCCUGCAUCUUGGGUAAAACCAUCCUUGUCGUGGUUGCCUUUAAAGCAACUCUACCCAAAAGUAGCACGAUGAACUGGUUCGGACCGGCGCAGCAACGCAUGGGCGUCUUCCUCCUUACCUUUUUACAAGGAUUAGUUUGCGUUGGCUGGCUCAGUGUGUCACCUCCCUAUGCCCUGAAAAAUAUGAAACAUUACAGAGACAUAAUUAUUUUGGAAUGUAACGUAGGCUCAUUGACAGCAUUUUACUUAGUGUCAGCCUAUAUUGCUCUGUUGUCCGUUGUGUGUUUAGUGCUUGCUUUCCUUGCCCGGAAACUCCCGGACAAUUUUAACGACGCCAAGUACAUCACCUUCAGCAUGCUCAUCUUCUGCGCUGUCUGGAUAACUUUUAUUCCAGUUUAUGUGAGCUCUCCGGGAAAAUACACCGUGGCCGUAGAAGUGUUCGCUAUUUGGGCAUCGAGCUUCGGUCUGCUCGUCUGUAUUUUUGCACCGAAAUGUUACAUUAUCUUACUGAAACCGGAAUUUAAUACAAAGAAGCAAAUGAUGGCGAAAGGAACUUUACCUUAA